UAAUGAGAUUGGAUUCAUUAUUCGGAAUCAUGGUACAUUUCAUUAUAAAGAGUGGAGAAUGGUCCCAGAAGAUGUGAGAGCUCCAUUGCGACACUAUCUUUUGGAACAUUUUGACAUCAACUUGAAUGAUGAGACAGCUAAAAAAUGCAUUGAUGAGCAAAUGAGAAAAGCUUGGAAGGGUCAUAAGUACAAGCUGCACUUAUAUUUCAAAGAAAUUGGAGGAGAAAAUGAUCUUGAGAUGGCCAAGAGCAAACGUCAUCCAGACUUAAAAGAAGAACAUCAAGAAGAUUGGAUGAUUUUGUGUGAUCGUUGGUGUUCUCCUGAAUUUAAGGAAAGAGCAUUAAAGAAUACUACCAAUCGAUCAAAGAGGAAAUGGGAGUCGAAAAAUGGUUCAGUCUCCACACCACGACAUCACCUUCGACGUGGAAUGGUGUUAACUUCUCCUACCGGUCAAAUUGAGACAUGGCGUCUAAAGCAUUAUGAUGCUAAGAAAGGAUGGACUGGAAUAGAGCUCGGGCCAUUAUAUGAUAAAAUGAUGGAGUUAAGGGGUCAACAUCCUCCAGAAGAAUUGUCUGAUAAAGAGAUUAUGGAGCAUGUACUUGGACGUGAUUCGGUAUACUUGCGAGGGUGGGGGCGGUCUCCUAGUGUCACAACUUCUACUUCACAUCGUGAAAAUAUUGUGGGUAAUCAACCAACUUAUGAAGAGUUACUUGAAUGACUUAAUGAUACAACUUCCCGCCUUAAUGCUACUAACGAACAACGUAGUGUAGUUGUGGAUAUAUUUCAUCAUAACAAUUUGAUGGCACUGCCUCUACCACCUCCAACAGACCAAGCUUCAGAUGCAAAUUUAAGAGAGUCGCCAUCUAUUUCAUUUCGGGAGUCACAAGAUGAUUCUUAGUUUAUUUACAUUAAUUUACUAAGGAAUGAACUUUAUGAAGUUUUUUUUAUUUUGGUAGGGGUAACCUUAAAAUGAUAACUUUAUGACUUAUUUUAGUAUUGAACAUUAGAAAGA